AAAAUGAGAUAAACUCUAGGGAAAGAAAAUCAGCAUACAAACUGGAAAAGAAGUUUAAAACUCUGAGGAAUAGGGUUUUUCCGGAACCCAAGAGGCGGAGCCGACGCAUAGAGCGGCUUUGCGCAUGCGUGUUAGUAGGCGGUUAGAUUUGAAUACUUUACUGAGGCUAUCCGGGCGUUGUCAGGUGACGAGGAGAGGCGGCUGUGAGCUGCCUUCGCUAGGAGCGCGCGGAUCGCGAACGAGUCUGAAGACAAUUUUCAAUGACAAUAUAGAGAGACCUGUUCGAAGACGCCAUUCCUCGAUUUUGAAACCCCCAAGGAGUCCUCUUCAGGACCUCAGAGGUGGAAAUGAAAUGGUUCAGGAAUCUAAUGCUUUGAGAAAUAAGAAAAGCUCCCGUCGAGUCAGCUUUGCAGAUACUAUAAAGGUAUUCCAGACAGAAUCUCAUAUGAAAAUAGUGAGAAAGUCAGAAAUUGAAGAAACAGAAGGAGAAAAUGUUUUCCUUUUGCUGGAUAAGAAUUCAGAAGAUAAUUACUGUGAGAUUACUGUAGGAAUGAACACAUUGCUUUGUGCUCCCAUUCAGAACCAGAUGCAACAGAGAGAGUUUUCAAUUAUAGAGCACAGCCACCAAAAGAAACAUGGAAAUGACCAGACAGUCAUCUUUUCAGAUGAAAAUCAGAUGGACCUGACAGCAAGUCACACUGUGUUGAUUACCAAAGAACUUUUACAUUGUACCAGAAAUGAAAAGUCCACCAAGAUAGAUAGCAAAUCAUUUCUGGAUAACUUAAAUCUCCACACUGAAGAUUCAAGAAUGAAAAAAGAAUUAAAUUUUUCCAUGGAUCAAAACCCUUCCCCAGAAAAAAAAAUAAAUUUUAAUGACUUCAUAAAAAGAUUGAAAAUGGAAAAAUCCAAUGCUUCUUUUGAAGGGCCAGAUAAAGAAAAUUCUGAGAUAAUGGUUCAUUCCAAAGAAUCAAAUAGUGCUUCUUCUGUACGUCAGAUGCAUAUAUCUCUUAAUGUAGGUGAGAACAACAAUAAUAUCACUAGAAUCUUUAGAGAACAAGAUGAUGAGAUGAAUUUCACCCAGUGUCAGACAGCCAAUAUACAGACUUUGGUUCCCACAUCCUGUGAGUCCAGCUUAAGAGAAUUUAAAGGUAGUGAUACUACAAUUUGUGACAAUGACUUUAUGGACUUGACAGUUAAUCACACUAGUCAAAUUUUACCCUCAGCAGAUAAUUUAUCUGGAAUAGAAAAUCCAACUCACAGUGUCAUGAUGGAUAUUACAACAGGUUAUGGGACUAAAGCUUUGGGAAAGAAGAAAAUCUUUAAGAAUAAACCAAAUGCUGCAUUUCAAGACCCUGUUUUAAAUCCCAAAGACAAAAUACAUAUUACCAGAAGUCACAUUAUCGGAACAGAAACACACACAGUCACACAGAUUUCAAACCAAGAUGCUAAAACAUUGCCCAUGAUCCCAGAAUCUAUUUGUUCCAGUCCAUCCACUCAAGGUUGUAAGACAGUUUUCUAUUCUGAUUGUAAUGAUGCCAUGGAACUAACCAAUUGUGUCUCAAGUAUGAGAGAGGAAAAAAAUUUGCUAAAAUAUGACAAUAAUUCUUCUAAAAUAUAUCCCAGCCCAGAUGCCAUCUCUCCUCUCAUAGAGAAAACUGUUUAUUUAGGAGAGGAUAGCAUGGACAUUACCAACAGUCACACAGUAGCAAUAGAUCAUCAAAUUUUUAAACAAGAUCAGACAGAUAUUAAGAUAGCAGCUGCACCAAUAGCUGAGAAAGAAAUGAUGCUCCAAAAUCACAUAACUCUAUCAAAGGAUGGGAAAAUGAAUGUAAAUGGUAGCUCAAUUAUUCAUGUAUCUAAGGAAAGAUUACAGCAGAGCCUAGCAAAUUCUUUUUCUGUUUCAUUGGGUGACAAAAAGACUGAACUCUUCACAGAUGAAGAUAUGGAUUUGACUAAAAGUCACAUGAGUAACUUAGGCUGUCAAGCUCCUCUUGCGUCUUGUAGCCUUGCACCUAAGAAUACCAGUAAAUCUCACUCUCACAAAAGCCCUUCAGAUGAAUGGGAAGAAAUCACCAAAAGUCACGUUGAACCAUCCACACAAUCAAACCUAGUAUCUAAAAACAUCCUAGAAAAACCAAAAAUGACAUCUACUACUGAAUCAGAGAGUGUUUUCUUUCCAGAAGAUGGUGAGAGUGACCAUCCAGCAGCAAAAGACUGCCAGCUAACACUGCAGAGGAAAUGGUCUAAUAGGGGUCCUAGAGAGAAAGCUGUAGUAUUUAUAGCUCAUGAUAACAUGGAAGUAUCCCAGUCAACCAAUUGGAAGAAUGAUAAAAAUGGUAUGGAUAUCACCCAGCGUUGUACUGUGGAAAGAAAUAACAGAAGUGUCCUGGAAGAUAGAGAGGACCCCCAGUUGAUGCCUUUGUCAGAAACUUCUAAAACAGUUUUGUAUACCUGUGGGCAAGAUGACAUGGAGAUCACUAGAAGUCACACAAUUGCUUUAGAAUGUAAAGCUGUCUUACCAGAUGAAAUAACUACUAAGCCAGUGGAUAAAACUGUGAUGUUUGUAGAUAAUCACAAUGAUCUAGAAGUUACCAAGUCCCAUACUGUUUUCAUUGAUUGUCAAGCCAUGGAGAAAAUAGUUGAAGAGUACCCUGAAUUUGGAAUAGCAAAAGGAAAAAACUUGGAUAAUUCUUUUCCUAUGGAUGGUAGCUUUGCUAAAGAAAUUACCAAAAAACAAGCAGUGGCCAUAGAAAACAAAAUUAUUCUUCACACGGAGCAACAGCAUCAUAUGAUACCCUUUGUUCCUACUAAUAUAUUGUCUAGGGAUCAAGGUGAGACAGAAAUCACCAAAUUCCACAGCACUGCUAUGGAUGAAGAGGUCAUGGAGAAAGUUGUAGAUCAGUCCUAUAUGUUGGAAAAGGCCAAAAUUGAAAGCUGUCACUUAAAUAGUACAGGCAGAAGAAAUGAGGAUUUUACAAGCAAUCAUGAAACUGUUAUUUAUGGAUCCAGUGAUAAAUAUUUCUAUAAACCAAAUGUAACUUCCUAUUCUGAUAAUUUGGAGGGGAAUAUCGUGUCCUUAUGUGAUAAGGAUAGGCAAAAAGCCAGUAAUUGCCCAAUGCAAAAUGAUCUUGCUUAUAUAAAUGAUUUAGCCAGUGACUAUUAUUUGAAAUCUGAGGGACAGCCAAUCUCUGCUCCUUGUCCCUUGUUAGAGAAGUCAGGAAACAGUCAAACCAAUACCAAAAGGCAGUUAGACUGUGUCGUAACGCUUCUCAAAGAUCAAGAGGAUCUGGUUAUAGACCCUCAAAAUCUAUUAGCUAAUCAAACUUUAGUAUGUAGUCAAGACCUGAGGGAGAUGAAUAAAUUUAAUUUAAAGAGAGUAUCUUUUAAGCUUCCAGAUGGUCAAAUGGAGGCCUUUGUUAAUAAUGGAGAACACAGUUUAAAGACUUUUCUUAAUGAUUCUGUUGCUUCCCAGCCUCAUCUCUUAACUCAGCUACCUCCAUUACCUCAAAAAGGACAAAGUAUUGUCAAUAAAGAUCAAACAGUAUUGUCUAAAGCUGGAAAUAAGAAUUUAAAUAUUUUUAUAGGAAAUUCUUCUGAACCCACAUUUGAAAAUGAGUCCAAAAUGCUCAACAAUGAGAAACAGAUUAUUGUAGCCUCUAAAAAAGAACUGAAGGAAACUAUGCAAAUAUCUCAGUGUGGUACAGUUAGAGAUAUCCAGAAUAACUUGACUAAGCAAGCCAAUCAAACUCAUGCUAAUCCUAGAGAACCAUCAGAUCCUGUUAUUGCAUCUAAUUUGAAUGGAAAAACAAAAGAUUUUUCAGGUUUUCAAACUGUUCAUGUACCAGAACACCUACUCGAAGCAAAUAAGACACACAAUGAUAUGAGUAUAGUGCAAGCCACGGAAAUACAGAAUAUUAGCAUAGAGUCCAACAAUGUUAAAGACAUUAGAGAUGAAGAAAGAAAUUCUCAUAAUGAAACCAAUUCCAUUCCAUUAAUGACAGUCAUAAAAGAUAAAAAUAAAGUGAGGAGAUGUUCUUUGGGAAUCUUUUUGCCCAGAUUACCAAACAAGAGAAAUUGCAGUGUCACUGGUAUAGAUGACCAAGAGCAGAUUUCAUCAGACACAACCGACAUAAAUUACUUAGAAACUCAGCCAGUCUCCAGCAAGUAUUCAGGUGUUGGAUUUGUUGCCACUAAACUGGACCUAAGUCCAUCUCAGUAUAUAAAUGAGGAAAAUCUUCCUAUAUAUCCUGGUGAGAGUAAUUCCUCAGACUCUGUUAGCCUAGAAAUUAAUGCAAAGGCUCUGAUUGAAACAUACCACAGAGAGAUUUCACCGUCUGAAAGUAAAGUGGAGGAAACCUGCAGUAGCCAAAAAAGAACUUGGGUACAAGAAGAUGAUGCUAUUCAGGAUGAGAAAAAAAUCAGGAAAAAUGAGAUGAGACUUAAUAGUGUACGAGAUCAGCAGGUUUUUGAUCAUCAGACUGAAGGAGAUAUAGAUAAAAAUGCUAACAGUGUAUUGAUGAAAAGUCUGAGCAGGAGCCCAUCUAGUUGCAGCAGCUCUCUGGAUUCCAUCAAGGCUGAUGGGACUUCUCUGGACUUCAGCACACACCGCAAUAGUCAAAUGGAAUCACAGUUUCUCAGAGACACAAUUUGUGAAGAGAGCUUGAUGGAGAAACUCAAGGAUGGGAGAAUAACAAUAAGGGAGUUUUUUAUACUUCUUCAGGUCCACAUCUUGAUACAGAAACCCAGACAGAGCAACCUUCCAGCCAAAUUUGCUAUAAACACACCACCUACUCCAGAAGACCUGAUGUUAAGUCAGUAUGUUUACCGACCCAAGAUACAGAUUUAUAAAGAAGAUUGUGAAGCUCUUCGCCACAAAAUUGAAGAAUUAAAGCUUUCUGCCGUGAACCAAGAUAAACUGCUGAUUGAUGUAAAUAGGAACCUCUGGGGAAAAAUGAGACACUGCUCUGAUGAGGAGCUGAAGGCCUUUGGAAUUUACCUGAACAAAAUAAAAUCACGUUUUACCAAGAUGACUAAAGUCUUCACUCACAAAGGAAAAGUGGCUCUGUACAGCAAGCUUGUGCAGUCAGCUCAGAAUGAGAGGGAGAAACUUCAGAUAAGAAUGGAUGACAUGGACAGCAUACUUAAGAAGAUCAAUAACUGUGUCAUGGAGAUAGAAUUAGAAACUAAAAAUUUGGAGGAUGAAGAGAAAGACAAUCCUAUGGAAGAAUGGUAUUCUGAAAUGAGGGCUGCAGAGAAAGAAUUGGAACAGUUAAAAACUGAAGAAGAAAAACUUCAAAGGAAUCUCUUAGAACUGGAGGUACAGAAAGAACAGAUCCUUGCUCAAAUAGAUUUUGUGCAAAAACAAACAAAUAGAACUGAAGAGCUCCUGGAUCAGCUGAGCUUGUCUGAGUGGGAUGUCAUUGAAUGGAGUGAUGAUCAAGCUGUAUUCACCUUUCUUUAUGACACAAUAGAACUCACCAUAACCUUUGGAGAACCAAUAGUUGGUCUGCCUUUCUUGGACAAAGCUCAUAGGAAGAUUGUUGACUUGAAUUUUCAGUCUCUAUUAGAUGAGGAUAAAGCUCCUCCUUCCUCUCUUUUGGUUCAUAAGCUUAUUUUCCAGUAUGUUGAGGAACAGGAGUACUGGAAGAAAAAAUGUACAGCACAACGUCAGGUACCUAAGAUGCUUCAAGAAAUCUCAGUGGUAGUGACCCAUUGCAGACUCCUUGGAGAGGAAAUUGAAUUCUUAAAGAGAUGGGGACCAAAUUAUAAUCUUAUGAACAUAGAUGUGAAUAAUACUGAAUUGAAGCUUUUAUUCUCCAGCUCUGCAGCAUUUGCAAAGUUUGAGAUAACUUUAUCUCUGUCAGCCCAUUAUCCCUCUGUCCCAUUACCUUUUGCCUUUCAAAAUCGUCUUGGGAACAUUGGCCAAGAUGAAAUUGCUGACAUUCUAUGUAAUGUACCACUGGAGAACAACUAUCUGAAGAAUAUAGUCAAGCAAAUUUUUCAAGAUCUGCUCCAGGACUGCCGUUUCCACCACUAGACCCAUGGAUGAUAGCCGUAACACCAAGCAAGAUGCACUUAAUGAUACUAUGUCAGGGUCUCCAUUGCCAUUUAACCUUUGUCUUUAGGUCUGAAGAAAGAAGCCUAGUAAAAUUCCUUUUGGUGAUGGUUAGUUUUUAAAUUUCUACAGUCAGAAAUGAACAAAGGCCUCAAAUAGCCUCUUGUCAACUUGCUCUUGUUUCUACCAAAGGUUUGGUGGCCGGUCACUUAGGGAACAUUUCUCCUAACUAAGGUUGUGUUCUCUGCUUUUGUAUAAGCCCUAAGGACCAACAUUUAAAUAAAAGAGAGGAUGUUACCACUGACAAAAACAUUAGCCAUUUCCCCAUAUAUAAAGCUCUGAUUUUAGGUAGCCUGGUUUUUGCUUGGCAAUUAUUUCUGGAGUUGAAACAUGUCUGUCUACGAACAAUUCAUCCUCCUUUUUAUCCAUUCCAGAAAGGCUAUUAAGAAAAAGCUACAGCAUUCAGAUGUUGGAAUAGUUGCCAUCUUGUCUUGAGGGCCUUGCCAUCUUUUAUUAUACACUGAUUAUUAGUGUUUUCUUAGUUACUAAGUAUCUUUCUUCUAGGGAAAGUUAAUUCAUUUUGGCCCAUUAUAUAUAUGUAAAUAUAUUGAAGUUAUUUUUGGUGUUUUUGAUGUAGUAAUGAAAUGUAUAUAGAAAUACAUAGAUGUGUAGUGAGAUACUCUUCUGCCUAGGCAGUUGCCAGCUUUCUGAAGGAUGCUUUACAGCAAGAUUCUCAGUCUCCUUUUAUUAAAUAAUAACAUGCCAUAUGUAAAAUUCCAGUUUUGUCAAAUUCUGGUAUGUAAGUAUCAGAAUUUAAGUAUCAGUUCCUAAAACUACAUCCUCUUCAUACACAAAAGUAAGCACAUCCAUUAUACAUCAAAUUACCGAUAUUAUCUGUGAGGUAUUAAAAUAUGAAAAAACUUUUACCAAACAAUUAGUCAAUCCUAAUCAUGAUAAUUUUUUACUUCUUUUACUGUAUUUAAUUCUAAACUAAAAUAUACUUGCAGUUUUAAACUAAUUCAUCUUAAAAAUUUGUUUUGUGCUUUAGGAUCAGGUUAAAGUCCUGUGGAUUAGUGAAAGUUAUCUUCCCUCUGGUUUGGCUUUUACUUCUGAGAUGUAUAUUGAAAGAUCACAUGGUCUUUUAAGCUUCAAAGGUCAACAGAAAAUUCAUUUGCCAUAAAAAUCAAGAUGUUCCCUAUUUCCAUGAACUACUUGAAAAAGUUUUAGUCAUCCAUAUGGUUUGUUUACAGUGAGGCUUAAAUUAGCUUUCUUAUUGGAGUUGUUUUAUCUCUUUCUGUAAGCCUAUAAAGUAGGUGUUUUGUCUCAUGUGUUUUGGUAAUCUGGAAUGACCAGCUCUGAUAGUGAUUUGGCUUGUAAUGUUGGUCUCUCUUUUCUUGUGUUUGGAGACAUAAUUGUAAUAUUUACCUAGUUAUUUGCAUUUGUAUUUGUUCAAAGCAUUGGCUAUUUUACUAAAAGUAUCUGGAAAUCUUUCCUUCAAUGAUUGGAGAACAGUUUUGUUUGUUUUUUUUUU